AUGCUCGGCUUUUUCCGUUCAUUUUACUGCACUAACGACACCACGUGCGAGGAGGAUUCCCCGAACAUUUAUUAUCAAAAAGAGUCUACUUCACAGCGAGUGAUACAAGAAGCAGACUCGAAAGUGAGUAUAAUUUCGGGGAGCAUCCAAACAAAAAACAGAACUUUGAACGAAGUCGAAAAAUGAAACAAAAUUAGAAAAUUUAAUAUAAAAAAACAUUUUGAUGAGAAAGGAGAAAAAAAUCCAGUUAAAAAGUUACAGUAUAUCAGAAGUACGCGCUUGCGUGUGUCUGCACAGGGAAAACACCUCACGACAGCUUUUUUUAUUCAUUUUUCCGACCGGAUUUUUUUGUUCAUAAAUUUUUAAUAAUGUUAUUAUCUUAUUUCAUUUUAAAUACUAGCUACGUAAAAGAGUCUGCACUUUUACAAAUAGCUUGAGCGAACUUGGUGAACUAUGAAAAUUCUCACUCUGAAAUUGGAAUAAAAUCACAUUUUAAAUGAUUGCUGCAAACUUUGUCAGAAAAAAAUUUUUGAAAAAAAUAACUUCCAGCUUUAAACUGUUCAUCAUGCUUCUAUUUUUUUCUUUUUUUCCAUCCUUCCUGCAACCGGAUACUUUGCACUCUUUCCUCUCUGAAAUGAAAAUAAACGUGGCUGGCAACUUUUCUCACUUAUUCUUUGAAAAAAAUGAACUAUUUGAUAUAAAUUUGAAGCUUAUCAAUUACCUUGGUGAAAACUAGCAUAUAGUUUCUUAUUUUUCUAUCUGGUUUAUUUUUUCUUCCAAUUUUUUCCACGAUUUUUUUUUGAUUUCUCGGAGAAAAUACUUUGAUAGGCUUUGUUAUCAAUAAUCAUAAUCAUUUGUUCUUGGAAAUGGGCAAAAUAUUCAAUUUGCCUUCAAAUUAGCGCCGGUUAUGUUAAAGGCGCAGGGGUUGCGACCUUGGCGACUCUCACAGCGAAGCCAACUCAGAGUGUCGAUUUACGUAGAUUCCUCUCCCUCCGAGUUCUUCUUUUUUCUUUACUCGUUUCUUUUUGUUUUUAGUUAUUACUUUGAUGUUUCGACAAAUGAUUAUUUCCAGGUAGAGCCUUACAACAUGGGAAACUUCGAUAAUGUGAGUGUUCCAUUUUUUUGCCAAAAUUAUUUACUAUUUCUUUCAGGACCCCACAUCUCUCUACAGUGUCAAGGGCAUCGUUAUUUUGGAUCAAGAUGGUAAUCGUGUAAUUGGAAAGGUAGAUUUAAAGCUGUUUAUUUUUAAAUAAACUUUUUUUAGUAUUUCGACCAUGCCGCUUUCGGAACGACGAAAGAACAGAAGGCUUUUGAAAAGAGCAUGUUCCAGAAGACAAGUCGGAACUCAUCAGGUAUUGUGGAUAUAUUUCAGUUUCAAUAUGAUUGUCAGAUUUUUAUUUUUGGUAGUAGAUAUAAAUUCACAAUCUUUAGUUUUCAUUUGUUCAACAAAAUUUAAAUUUUUUACACUUUUUCUUUUUCAUAAUUCUCUUGUAUGAUUCCUAUGAGGAAAUGGGAAAGUAGGGAACAUUUCUAGUAAUACGAACAAAUCGGAAAAGUAGUUUUUUCAAUAUUUAGGGAUUUUCAAUUUGUACUGUCGAUGAUUGGCUCCUUAAUCAAACCUUUUAAUUUUUCCAGGAUUCCACAAGCUCAAAAAAAGGUGGUGAAUGGAAAGAUAGCGAAAAGGGUUCAUAUAGGUUCAUAAAUGACGCAAAAAUAAUCUUUUUCUACCUUUUUACGGACAGCAAAGCUUGCUCCGAUUGCAUCAUUGUAUAUUCCUAUUUUCCAGCUGAAAUCCUGCUCCUCGACGGUGUGACCUGCAUCUACCGGUCGAACGUCGACCUCUACAUGUACGUGUUGGGCAGCAGCCGCGAGAACGAGCUCAUCUUGGAGUCGGUGCUGAACUGCUUGUACGACGCCAUCUCCACGGUCCUCCGCAAGAAUGUCGAGAAAAAGGCGCUCGUCGACGCCAUGGACACUUGUAUUCUCAUCUUGGACGAGAUUUGCGAUGAAGGGUUCGUAUUUUUAAAAAGACUGAUUAUUCAUAAAGUUCACACAGAAGCUGAAUUGAAGCAUUUUAUGGUCAACCUUUAAAAAUUUUCAUCUUUUCUAACAGCAAAAUUUUUGAUUUUUUUGGUAGUUUUUUUCCCUUCAGUACCUUCAAUCUUUACUUAAUUAGUAAUUAUAAUUAGGUGAAUACGAUUUUUUUCCUGACAAGACUUAAUUUUUUUGUUUUUUUGAUAAAUCAAGACAUUUUAGAAUUCUGAAGUUUUUUUACGCUUAUAAACACCUUUUUUUCUCCGUUUCGAGAAGUUUUUCUGAUUUUUUUAACAGUACAAAUCAUGUAAAAUUCCAGCUUCAAGAAUAAAUUUCAGCUGUUCUUUUACUUUUUAAAUGAACAAGAAAAAAUUCAAUGCUAUAAAUUGGCGUUUUAUGGGGAUCCCUGAAAAAAAUGUAAAUGAAAACUUUUUAAAUUCUGUUUUUUUAACAUUCAUUUCUUUUUUUAUAAAACUUGAAACUGAUUUAUUUUUUUCAGAUAUUGUUGAGAUUCCGUUUUUCUCUGACCUAAGUCACGACCUUUUUUUAUUGAAUGAACGGAUUUUUUUAAAUUUUUUUGAAAGCAUUUCUCUAUUUCAAAUGCUAUUUUUUUGUUCAAGAAAGUUAUUUUUUUCCUUCUUAAAAAGUAAUUUGCAGAAUCAUCAUGGAGACGGACCCUCAGGCGGUCGUCCAGCGAUGUGCCUUGAAAGGAGACGAAGUCAUGUUCUCGGAUCAAUCGUUUUCCCAAGUCGGAAUGUCGUUCAUCGAAUCCGCCAACAAGCAAUUCAAAUGGUCUCUUCUCAAGUAA